GGAUCCGGAACUUGAAAUCGAAAGUAAAGCCUAAACUGAGGGAGUGGAGAGUGGGGCAGGAAGGUCUUUGAGGCUCUUUGCCUGUGCUUCAGCAGCCGCAGAAAACGCAAAGGUCGGUGCUCGUGGUGCUGGUCUUCAAUAGAGGGUGAGAACUGAUCUCCAACAGUUACAGAGCAUUUCAAGAUUGAAGAGUGACUUGUGUGAAAGAUGGUCGAUCCUGUGAAAUUAUGUGAGUCUUCUAGCUCUCAGCUUAACUGGCCACAGCCUGAAGAACCAUUCCAUAAAGAGGAAGAAGAAAGAAAAGAAUCAAAGAUCAAAUACUAUCUGCUAACAGUUGUUACAGAAGACGACCUUAAGGAGCUAGGGAUUACCAAGCAAGAUUGUCAAGACUUUUCAAGGAACAGACGUGAUGGUUUGGCUGAUAGACUUGAGAAGGAAGGGGAGAAUCAUGAACAGGAGGGACUGGAAAAUGCAGAAAAGCACAGGGUGUCAUCAGGAAGCCAAAGAGAAAACAUCUUCCAGAACAAUGACCAAGGUUGUCAGAAGGGCGAAAAGUCUCAAAAUGCCAGUUUGCAAACAGCCUUUGAGGAGAAACAGACAGCGGUAUCCAAGAAGAGAUGCUGUAAUGUGGAAAACUUCCAAGACAACGUGAUCUCAGAGAGAUCUUCACCAGGACAGAGUUCUUAUGAGUGCACCGUGUGCAAAAGAUGUUUCAGCCGCAGCUCAAGCCUCUUGAAUCAUCUGUGUACCCAGACUGCAAAAAAACUUCACAAAUGCACACAGUGUAACAAGGUCUUCAACUGUAACUCGGCUCUGAUUCAGCACCAAAAGAUGCACCAGAGGCAGAAAGUAUCAUUUGAGUGUUCAGAUUGUGGUGAUCGUUUUACUUGCAAAUCUAGCCUCGUUAUCCAUCAAAGAACUCACAAAAGGGAGAAGAGGCCCUAUAUGUGCUUACAGUGUAAUCAGUGUUUCCACCAUGCUUCUGAGCUGAUAACUCAUCCUCACCUGUGAAUGUGAUCCUUUGAGUCUUAGUAAGCUGGAGUUACAGGAAUAAGAAAGAAGAAGCAACCUGUUUUUUUUUUUUUUUUUUUUUUUUUUUCACCUGAUCUAACAUAAAGUUGUGUGCAGGUAAUGUCUAAGAUUGGCAAAGCAAAGAAAUAGGUAAAAUCAUAAAUAUCCCCAGCUGGAAGAGACUCACAAGAACUUUGAGUCCAAUUCCUGGCUUCACACAGGACUAUCCAAAGUUCAAAUCGUAUUUCUGAAAGCACUGUUUAAAUGCUUCUUGAAUUCUGGUAGGUCGCCUCUAAUGCAAAGAGUGUGGCUGGAAGAUCAGCUAAUUGCUAAGACAGGCCAUUGGCUAAAGAAUGAAUCUUACUUUUAACAUGUAAGUUUCCAUUAAGAUGGAAACAGGAGUUUGAAUUUAUUUUAAAGAUGGCAUUUGAGAGAGAAAUAGGACAUAUUACUAACAAAGAUGAGAACUAGGUACUUAUAUUGGUACAGUUUUGAUUCUAAGUUCAGCUGCAGGAUGACUGUGUGCUAAUUACUUUAUCUAUGCCUUUAUGACUUGUUUUAAAAUAAAUGUUAACUUACCUUAAGUUUCUCACUGUAGAAUGUGGACUAAUGUGUCUGGAUACUGAAGUUUCUGGAGUAGUUUAAAGAGCAACAUUCUGAAAACCUAGAAGUCUUUUUCAUUGGCUUUUAAAAGGAAAAUAUUCUAAAACUGUUCUUUAGAAGUUUUUCACCUUUUAAUGGAUUUUGGGUUGUGAACUUGCAAGGCAUUUCUGAACACUAGCCUUCUGUAAUCAUCUAGGAUUUCUGAAGGCAUCAGCAUCUGAUCAAACAUCAAAAUAAACCAUUCUUUCCCUCCCUGUGCUUAUAGAUCUCUGUAAGUUCUUGGCAUCAGCAAAACAUCUUUGAUGUUGAUGUUAGGAGUCAUCUAGAAAUCUUUAAUUUCCAGCUUACCUAAUAUGUAGUUGAGGAGAAAGGAAUCACUUAAGAGUUGGACUUACAGACAGACAUGUCGGACCAGUGUCUCUACUGUCACGGGAAUCAUCGGGAUACUCAAACCAAAAAUAAAAAGAGUACUUUUAUUAUGCA